GGGGAGCGUCUGUGGAGGCGCGGGGCCGCGGCGGGCUAGGGCGCUGCACGGGAGCGGCGCCGGGCUGCGGACGACGCUCGGGACGGGCCCAAGGAGCCGCUCCUCCCCGACCGAUGUCCGCAAGAUGGAGGCGGCGGGGGCGACGGCGUGAGGAGGGCGGCGCGGAGAGCGCGGGAGCAGGCCGGCGGGCGGCGGGGGCGGCGGGAUGGGGCUGCUGCUCAUGAUCCUGGCGUCGGCCGUGCUGGGCUCGUUCCUCACGCUGCUCGCACAGUUCCUGCUGCUCUACCGCAGACGGCCCGAGCCGCGGGCGGACGAGGCGGCCCGCGCGGGCGACGGCUUCCGCUAUCUCAAGCCGGUGCCGGGCCUGCCCCUUAGGGAGUACCUCUAUGGCGGCGGCUCGGAGGAGCCCGCGGCCGGGUCGUCCGAGGCCACCCCGACCCCCGACAGCCCGGCCCCACCGACGCGGGAGACCUGCUACUUCCUCAACGCCACCAUCCUGUUCCUGUUCCGGGAGCUGCGGGACACGGCGCUCGCCCGCCGCUGGGUCACCAAGAAGAUCAAGGUGGAGUUCGAGGAGCUGCUGCAGACCAAGACGGCCGGCCGCCUGCUGGAGGGGCUGAGUCUGCGCGACGUGUUCCUGGGCGACACGGUGCCCUUCAUCAAGACCAUCCGCCUGGUGCGGCCCGUGGUGGCCUCGGGCACCAGCGAGCCCGACGGCCCCGACGGGGACGCGCUGCCCGCCACCUGCCCCGAGGAGCUGGCCUUCGAGGCGGAGGUGGAGUACGACGGCGGGUUCCACCUGGCCAUCGACGUGGACCUAGUGUUCGGCAAGUCCGCCUACUUGUUCGUCAAGCUGUCGCGGGUGGUGGGCCGGCUGCGUUUCGUCCUCACCCGCGUGCCCUUCACCCACUGGUUCUUCUCCUUCGUGGAGGACCCGCUGAUUGACUUUGAGGUGCGCUCCCAGUUCGAGGGCCGGCCCAUGCCCCAGCUCACCUCCAUUAUCGUCAACCAGCUCAAGAAGAUCAUCAAGCGCAAGCACACCCUGCCCAGUUACAAGAUCAGGUUUAAGCCGUUUUUUCCAUACCAAGCCUUGCAAGGAUUUGAAGAAGAUGAAGAACUUAUUCAUAUUCAACAGUGGGCACUUACUGAAGGCCGGCUGAAAGUUACAUUGUUAGAAUGUAGCAGGUUGUUCAUUUUUGGAUCCUAUGACAGAGAAGCAAAUGUUCAUUGCACACUUGAGUUGAGCAGUGGUGUUUGGGAAGAAAAACAAAGGAGUUCUAUUAAGACGGUUGAAUUAAUAAAAGGGAAUUUACAGAGUGUGGGACUUACACUUCGUCUUGUUCAGUCAACUGAUGGGUAUGCUGGGCAUGUCAUAAUUGAAACCGUGGCCCCAAACUCACCUGCUGCAAUUGCAGAUCUUCAGCGAGGAGACCGGCUCAUUGCAAUUGGAGGUGUGAAAAUCACAUCGACACUGCAGGUGUUGAAGCUUAUCAAGCAGGCUGGUGACCGAGUCCUGGUGUACUAUCAAAGACCUGUCGGCCAGAGUAACCAAGGGGCCGUGCUGCAAGACAGUUUGGGCCAGUUGGAAGAAAACUUUUUGUCAAGUGCCUGCCAGCCAGGUUAUGAAGAAGAAGCUGCUGGGUUGCCAGUGGAUACUGAAAACAGAGACCUUGAUUCGGAAUUUGAAGACUUGGCAAGUGAUGUCAGAGUACAAACAGAGUUCAAAGAGGAGGCACAGCCCUUGAGUCCCAGUCCCAAGCGCACUCCAACCACGCUUUCUAUUAAACCCCUUGGCGCUAUAUCCCCAGUUUUAAAUCGUAAAUUAGUUUCAGGAAUCCAUCCACCACCACAAAAGCUUCCAUCUAAAGAAGGAAAUAAACCAUCAGCUGUAAAAACUUCAGAGGCCACAGAAGCAGCACCAGUGUCCAAACCCCAGGGAUCCACUUUCAAACCACCUGUGCCACCACGACCACAAGUGAAGAUUGCUUUGCCUUCCACUGACACUCCAACUCAGGCAGACCCGGAUGCUGUUGAGAAGCCAGAGAAGGUGCUGCUCCCUCCUCCUCCUGCAGAGAAACCUGCUGAAAAGCAAGUGAAGAGUGUGGAUCAUGGAGAAGAUGGGGCAACAGGUAAGCUGUCUUCAGCAAAGCAAGAAGUAGUAAAAGAUGUUACUUCAGAAAGUUCUGGUCCUACUAAGGACACUUCGGACGACCAUCAGAUGUGGGAAUCAUCAGAGGUUCUUUAUCGUAAUAAGGUGGGAAAGUGGUCAAGAACCAGAGCAUCCUGUUUGUUCGACAUAGAAGCCUGCCACAGGUACCUGAACAUUGCACUGUGGUGCAGGGAUCCUUUCAAGUUAGGAGGCCUCAUCUGUUUGGGGCAUGUUAGUUUAAAACUUGAAGAGGUGGCUUUAGGUUGCCUGGCUACAUCAAACAUGGAAUACCUUUCAAAGUUCAGACUGGAAGCCCCUGCUCCUAAGGCCAUGGUCACUAGAACUGCACUGCGCAAUCUGAGUAUGCAAAAGGGCUUCAACGACAAAUUUUGUUUUGGUGACAUUACUAUUCAUUUCAAAUAUUUGAAGGAAGGAGAACCAGACCACCACAUCGUUCCUAACAUAGAGAAAGAAAAAGAACUCCAUUUGAUUGAGGAAGUUUCAUCACUCCCUAAAGAGGAACAUUUUGUGGGACAGAUGAGUUUGUCAGAAAAUAAACAUAGUUUCCAGGAUACUCAGUUCCAAAACCCAACUUGGUGCGAUUACUGUAAGAAAAAAGUCUGGACAAAAGCUGCUUCCCAGUGUAUGUUCUGUGCUUAUGUUUGUCAUAAAAAAUGUCAAGAAAAGUGUCUAGCUGAGACACCUCUUUGUGGAGCAACUGAGAGGCGAGUAGACCGGACCCUGAAAAACCUCAGGUUGGAGGGACAGGAACCACUCAUGGGCCUUCCCCCUCGUGUGGAGAUGGAAGCUAACAAGUCAGUCCAUAAAACAACAGGCUUGACAAGGCACAUUAUUAAUACUAGCUCUCGUUUACUAAAUUUGCGUCAAGUCUCUAAAACUCGUGUUUCUGAACCAGGAACAGAUCUUGUGGAACCAUCACCAAAGCACACACCCAACACAUCAGACAAUGAAGGGAGUGACACAGAGGUGUGUGGUCCAAACAGUCCUUCCAAACGAGGGCACGGCGCGGGAAUAAAGUUGGUGAGAAAGGAAGGUGGGCUGGAUGACAGUGUUUUCAUUGCAGUGAAAGAAAUCGGCCGUGAUCUGUAUAGAGGCUUGCCAACAGAAGAAAGGAUCCAAAAGCUAGAGUUCAUGCUGGAUAAACUGCAGAAUGAAAUUGAUCAGGAGUUGGAACACAAUAAUUCCCUUGUUAGAGAAGAAAAAGAAACAACUGAUACAAGGAAAAAAUCACUUCUUUCUGCUGCCUUGGUUAAAUCAGGUGAAAGACUACAAGCUCUGACCCUCCUGAUGAUCCACUACAGGGCAGGCAUUGAAGACAUUGAGACCCUAGAGAGCCUGUCUUUAGACCAGCACUCGAAAAAGGUAAACAAGUACACAGACGAUACGGAAGAAGACCUUGAUAGUGAAAUAAGCCAACUGAUCGACUCUCAGCCGUUCAGCAGCAUCUCGGAUGACUUGUUUGGCCCAUCAGAGUCUGUGUAGCAGACAAAUUAAACUUUGAAGUGGUUGGGGACAAAGUGGAUCUGGCGUGCCACGGAUACAGCCAUGUUUCAGUUCUCUUGUGGUGCGCUUUGGCCUACUUCUACAGUUGCUUGCUUGUAUAAGAAUGAAAGGUGGUUUUCCAGCAGAAACAUGACGAGCUCACCAAACUGGUUGUUUUGGAUUGUGCUUAUUCUUAAUGGUUUUGGGGUUUAUACUGGGAAUUGGGUUUUAUUAAUUUAUUUUUAACCUUUUCUAAUUAUGUAAGCUAACUUUGUGUUUAUGUAUUGUGAUGUCUCACUGUCCUUUUUUUUUUCUUUCCUCCUGGUUAUUGAAUUAAUGUUAAGUAAGAUCCUGUCCAGAUUCCUGAAAUAUUUUCAUUCUCAUUCAUCACGGUUAUAACAGCAAAUUUGUUGCAUGCCUAAAUUGACAGCAGUAAUCACUGAGGGAACAGAAUUGAAUCUUCUUUCUUCUAUGUUUUGAGGUUUGUCAACCGUACUUGCGUGAGGUUUUUGUAAUAUGGGGUUUGGGAGGAUUUGUUUUGUUUUAUUUUGUUUUGUUGUUGUUGCCAAAUACAAAUGAAAGCAAACAGUGCAGCUUUAAAAUGUUAUGCUGAUUUAGUUUUUUUUACGUAUAUUGCUUGCUUCUUAUGCUUCUGUGAUAUUUUUUAAAGCUUUUAUGCAGUUGAAGUAUAGUAAAAUUAUAGUAAUUAGCUAAGAAGUUGCAUUGAAUAGAGGAUAAAUGCAAUAUCUAGUUGGUGAAGAAUUUUGUAGAGAGGAUAACAAGAUUUUAUUACUGAAGAACAGUUGCCAGUAGGAUUUUGAAAUAUCUUUCAAAUGUUGAUGCUUUCCUUUUAAAUGGAAGUUAUGAACAUUCAUGAUGAUUUUUCAUCUUUGGUUCUCCCAUAGGAAAUAAAGCAUGUAUAAGGAUAUUUAAAAUUUCACAGGACUUGUUCAGAAAAUGGCUGCAUUGAUAACUUGCUUCGUUUGAAAAAAAUUUUUAAUGUAGGACUAUGCUGUGGAGGGCAAUUAUACAGAAUAUGUUUACUACAUAAAUCCUUUGGUGUCUGUGGCCUUAAAGGAAUGUCAGUCAUUCUGAAUUCUUUAAUAAUUCAGACCAUCAUCAUUCAUUGUAAAGAAAAAUAAAAAUAGACAGUGUGCAUAGGAUUUGGGACUAGUUCUCUAAAAAUGAAGGCCUACUGUGGUACUGGGUUCAUCUAAUGGAUGCUAAUAACACACAACUGAGAGAAAUAUGGGAGCUUGACCCCUAUUGAUGUAUCUUUAAAAGUCUGGGCCUGUUAUACCUAUAGAAUAGAAAAGCAUUUUUCCCUUUUACAAUAACACUAUGAUAACACAUAAACCAACUUAAUUUAAAACUAUGGAACAGCUCUUUUGAUGCAGGAAAAGUUGUAGUAUGAUAUAGUAAAGAGAAUGGUCCAGUCUUGAGUGAGCACUGCAGCAUAGGCAGGGCACAGAGGGUCACACAGCUUCUCUGUCUCCGAAGGUACUUGCUCUACCUGCGGGCUUGUGAGGCAAACAGGAGCAUAACUGCAAAAGUGCUUUGAACAGAAGAAAGCGGCGGACAUAAAAGGUAUUACAUGAGAAAAGCGUUGUUGAGUGUGGAAGGUUAUUCUAGCUUUAAAUUCAAUAGCUAACUCUUGUUAUUAAGUGAACACUAGGACACAAACUUUGCUAUCUGUGUAAUCCCCACCCCACCCCUGCUUUCCACAACAAAUCCCAGAAGCUAAAAUGUUGCUCCACAUCUUAUGCUUGAAGCAAUCUGCCUGAUGUAUAGCCAUGUUUCAUCUUGUAAACAGUAACUUGCCAUUGCUGCCUGAAGGUGAUGCGUCUGUAAGUGGCUGGUAUGUAUACAGAUAAAUCAUGGACGUUUUAGCGAUGCCCAAGCAUGCUCCUGCAAUGACUUUGAAAGAACUAUAGAAGUAAUGCAAAGCUUUAGUUCUAAGAAUCUACUCAUGCUUCAAAGUAUUUAUCUCUGUAGAACCACAAUCAUGGAAAGCUCGACAGUGCUGCUAAUGGUGUUUGUAAAAUAGACCUUUAAUGUCGUGCAAUAUUUUUCUAUUAGGAGAGACAGUAGAGGCAUCACAGUUGUACUUUAGAGCAGGGAAGGAGGGGAAACUCCAAAUACCCUAGAGAAUAGUAAGGGAUAAGGCUUCAGUUUAAAAGGUUGUAUUAUAUUACAUUACUCAUGUAAUCUUGCUGCCAUGCUAUGUUAUCAAUAGCUAAAAUAAUAAUAAAGACUACCACAGAAAAUAAGAAUAUCUUCAUUUGAUGACAUCUGAAAACGAGGUGAUUGGUUCAUCCCUGUGGCAUUAUACCUGAUGUAAUUGGCCAUGCAGACAAGCUAACAAUCCAUUUUUACUAAACAAAUUUGCAAAAGCAUUCAAACUUACUGUUGCUACCUUACCUUUUGAAACAGAUGUAUGGAUUUUUUUUCUAAUGCUAUAGUAUGUAAUAAGCAUAGUGAGACAUGUCUCAGGAAAGAAAAAUUGGACUAUUUAAAGUGUGUUCUCUUCAUUGGUAUUUAGAUGAAUGACUGGAUUAGACAAAAUGAACAACAUCUUAGUAUUUUGCAAUCAUAAUAUGUAUGUUUCUUUUUUAUUUAUUGUGUUGGCUUUUUGAGACAGUCUUUCUCUAUAGGUCUGACUGUCCUGGAACUCAUUGUAUAGAUCAGGCUGGCCUCGAACUCAACAGAUAUUUUCCUGCCUCUGCCUCUGGAGUGCUGAGAUUAAAGGCAUGUAUCAUCACAUCCAGCUGUGCUAUAUUUCUUAGUAUCAGAGUUUAUUCAACAAUACUAGAACUUAUUGGGUAGAUACUUUCUCAUUCUAAGAAAAAGAACAGUCUAAAAUUUUGAGAGUAAAAUCUAUCUAAAAAAAUUUUUUAAAACAUUUUGAAUAUAUUUGAUUGUAAUAGUAAGAAAAUAGAGUUUAAAAUUUUAAGUUCUCUAAAGUAAGUUUGAAAUCACUUCAAUUUUUAAAAGAUGCAUUAAUUUCUAAAUUGAGGUGAUGGUUUUCCUUAUCCCCUCCCUCCAAAAAAAAAAAAAGCAAAGAACGGUGGAAAGGGGGAUUACCUUCAUCCUUUUUGAUUCCUUUAUGUUCCUCAAGGUCUGAGUAAAACAGCAUGCCACCCUAAUCCUGGAAACUACCAUGUCUACCCCAUUCAAAGUGAUCCUAAUUUCUAGAUCUUCCAGAGCCUGUUCUGUUGAAUGGUUUGAUGUCACAGCUCUCCUCACCAGAUAAUUUAUCUGUUCAUAGCAAUUAGAACAAUUUUUGGACAGCUCACUGUUCUUCCACACUGAUAGGCUAUAACAAGUCCUAUGUUUCAUUUAAAACAGACUGUGGAAAGGCAAAGAGAACGGUUCACCCUAGCCUGGAGUGAGUUGUGCCUGGUGCCCGCAGAUACAGAGAAUGCUUUCUAAUUAAACAUCUACAGCCGAAACAGUGUGUAUGUAUUUUAUUCCAGCAGCAGUGUUGAUGAAAGAACACAGGCAGGCACAGCACAGUGUUGGAGAAGAUUUAUUAAGUAACCUAGCUGAAGUGCAGCUAGGACAGAGAGAUACACUUAGCAGUCAGAAGUUUCGUAUCCAUUGCUACCUCACUAAGGUUUGUGAGUCUGAAUUACCAAGUACAAACAAAAGCAACCUCUACUUUGUGAAAAUGUUCAGAGUUAUAAGUUCUUUUUCUGGAACAUGCACAGUAUUUUUAAACACCCUAUUUUCAAUCUUGUGUACCCAGGAUAUUAGUCAUAUAAAUGUAUUUACCUUCCCCUUGGAAACAAGUUAUCUUUUGCUCUCUAAAACGUUCUGAAUGUUUUAUUUUGUCUUUUCCCUGUGGAGUGGAGUAACUGGCAUGCCUUUGCUAGUCAUCCUUGAUGACCCCUCAGAACAGAAACGACACCAGCAUCAAUUAUUGCAUGUGGUACUGUGGGCAAGGAGAACUACAGGCCUCUCUAAGCACACUAAAGCUGUCCUGACGAAGCGCAAGUCCCACCUUUUGAUUUCAGUCACGUGAGAGUUUCUCUCCAGCCAUCUUUCAGAGCUGCAGACCUUGUGACUAUCCAGCAGUUUCAUGAAUAGGAACCUGUUUCCCUCAAACACAUGACUUCAAAUCACCAAGGUCCCCAGAAAGAUUCAUAAAGCAAAAGAAGUAUUAGCCACUUUCCUAACGAAUGUGUAAUAGCCAAUAAGGUUGAGGGGUUGUUGUCCUAAAGUUCUCUUAAUGUCCAGGGUCACACAAACACAAUUCAGAUUAACAAAACUGACAGGUAUUUUUUUUAACAACUGCAGAGUUGACAUGUACUAUUUGAGACAUAUUCCACACUGUGUUUAUAUUCUGGGAGGCUGUAAUCUCAUACAAAGCGCUACAGAUAAGUUUCACUGAUGCUGGCACACUGAAAAGGUACAUCAGUGUUGGCAUGCUUAGAAAAACUAUUCUACUCCACACACAGGAUGACACAACAACAUGCACAUUUGUAGAUGGUUUUCUGCUCCAGAAAGGGAAAGUGCCCUGAUCACCCUAGUAUCUUUCUUAACAUACUAAUGUUAGACAUGAACAAUUUCAUCCCUUCAUCCUUGUUUGGAAUUCAUUUCUACAUUGAUAGGAACAACUUUUAGGAGUCUAAAAAAUAAAAGCAACUCAAAAUUAAGAAACCUCUAGAAAAACACUUGGAUGACCUACAGGUAGAUAAAGAUGUGAUAGUCUGAUUGUUCACAUAGCAGCUCAAUAGCCUUUGUUUCCUUUCCCAAAACAGGAACUAGGUUUGGUAAAUCAUACCAUGCUUAACCUUGCCAGUGUACAAAUACAUACUUUAUUUUCACCCAGUAAGACUAUUAAAUCUAUAUCUUUCAAAGAAGGCAACAUUUGAGUUCUUUUCUCUACUUUCAGAACAUUUACUUUUACCCCUUGUUGGCUUUAAUGAUUGUUGCCAAUGACAUGACACAGGAAACAGAAUUUACAACCAUCCAUUUCCAGGUAGGUGGUGAUAACAGAAAACCAAUGCCAGCAAAGGUUUAUGAAUACGUCUGAAAGAUGGCUGACACAAUUUCUUGUCCUCUGUGCUUGAAAUGACUAGCCUUUAACUCAAAAACAUCGAUACUAAUUACACGUUAAGUAGCAACGCAUUCAGUGCUGCCACAUAACGACACUGUCUUGCAUGAUUGUUUCUCAGACCUCUAGUUUCUUGUUGGAGAGUCUCAGAUAAUGUGUGCUUUAAACACUCAUUACCAGUAUUCAGAAAAAAUACAAGAUUUUUUUGUCCAAGUGUUCGUGAAUGUAAGUUAAAAAAUUAUAUUUGAUUUGGAUUCAAAUAUUUAUACAUUUACAAUAUACCUAUUUCGUCAAAAUAUAUUGUAUAAUAUUUAAUAAAACCAAAUACAUAAAAUAAAGUUUUCAACACUAUUUAUACAAACCCCUAGAAAAGC